AUUGAAUUCCAUUGAACUUCCUCAGCUUGCUCCCAUCCUGUCCUUUCCUGCUCCACGGUCACCCCAUGGCUUCCACUACCGACUCGGCUCCGGCCUCCUGCAAGGUCAUGCUCUCCAAGCAUGUCGCCAAUCGCCUGGUUGCGGAGGUCCAGGAGGGCGUCAAGACCCUGGAGAGGCCGCCUCACCUGGUGGGAUUCCUGGCCAACGAUGACCCCGCCGCCCUGAUGUAUGCCCAGUGGACGGAGAAGACCUGUCAUGAAAAUGGAUUCCGUUACUCCCUCCGUGAAGUCCCGCGCGACGACCUCGAGCAGGCCAUCCUCGCGGCCAACGUCGACGCGGAAGUCGACGGCAUCAUCGUAUACUACCCCAUCUUCAACAACCGCCAGGACCAGUACCUGCAGCAGAUCGUCGACAUAAAUAAGGAUGUAGAGGGCCUCAGCCACCGGUACAUCUUCAACAUGUACCAGAACAUCCGGUUCCUUGACCCGGAGACCAAGAAGCAGAAGUGCAUCCUGCCCUGCACGCCCCUGGCCGUCAUCAAGAUCCUCGAAUACAUCAACAUCUACAACACGAUAUUGCCUUAUGGGAACCGCCUCUUCGGCCACACCAUCUGUGUUGUCAACCGCUCCGAAGUCGUCGGUCGUCCUCUGGCCGCGUUGCUGGCAAACGACGGUGCCUGCGUCUACAGCGUCGACAUCACCGGCGUGCAGAAGUUCACUCGUGGUGACGGCCUGAAGAAGGGCAGGCAUGAGGUCGUCGACCUCCAGGGCAAGACUCUCAAGGAUGUCGCGCCCCUGUGUGAUGUCGUUAUCUCCGGUGUUCCGGGCGACUCGUACAAGUUCGAUACCAGCCUCCUCCGUGAGGGUGCUGUGUGCGUGAACUUCUCCAGUGAGAGGAACUUCGGACCCGAGGUCAAGGGCAAGGCCUCUCUCUUCGUGCCCUCGAUCGGCAAGGUGACCAUUGUUGUCCUGCUCCGGAACCUGCUGAGACUCAUCCAGAACAGCAGACUAGAUGACGUGAAGCCUGCAGCCGCCACCGAGCGCCCAGGCACCCUGGAAGCCGCCUCGUAAUCACGUCCUACGACCCGUAUAUUGUCUUUUUAUAACCUGCGACGGGUGAUGAUAUUGAGCAGAGCCAGUCAUAGAUUCUUUUCCCUUUCACUCUUCUUUUCCCUUUCUCUUCUGCCAUGUCUUCUGAACCUGAGUCAUCCUUUUCAUGUAACUCACCCUGUCCUAAAAGAUAAAAGCAUUUUGAGCUAGAACGCCCUCUUCCCCCCCGCAUGGGCUCUCAUUCCCAUUGAACAAACCUACGCAUGAGAAAUGAAUAUAUACGAAUUCCUCAAAUAUACGCUUCGUCAAGACCAUAACGCGUGACCUAGCUAUUACCAAUG